AUGGCUCUCCACAAGAAGCCUGCCCAGUCAACAUCAGGUCCUGCCAGCUCUCUCGGUACCGGACCAAUCAAUUCGUCUCUAACGAAACUCAUUGAGGCAGCUAAAUCCGGCCAUCCGCCUACUGACGCUCUCCACGAACUCGGACUAGUACCUAGCUUGCCCUCAGGUGUAUAUUACACGACUCGAGCUCGCUAUAGACCAGGCCAGCCAAGUGUGCAGUUGUCAAAUGGUGCAACAUUUUCUCCGCUUGACACCGCUGGGAUCGGCACCUCACGAUCUGAUGGGUUUAUUCAGGCUAGCCGGGGUCCUCGUGCUCGUGGUGUUUUUGGAGACAAUAGCUCCGCUCUUAGUCUUGUGCAGGCCGGCGGCGACACCGGGGCCCAUGCAGGACGGCCAAUAGGUCAUUCAAAUGCUUUCAAUUGGCUGGAGAGCGCAGCCACAGGGGUUUCCGGAGCUGUAGUUUCUUCUGCAGUAUCAUCCUCUCCUAUCUCCGUGUGUAAACCUCCUCUCGAUUUUUUUGAAGAUUCGCUUCAGCUGAUUCUUAUAUCAUAUUUAACUUGA